GCUAUAAAAAGUUUGCUGAUUCAAUAUUGUGAGUUUUUAAAAUUAUGGAGUUUCAUGCUGUAGUCUUUGCCGCUGGUGUAGGAACAAGGUUUAGGGACAUCGUUGGAAGUAGACCUAAAUGUCUGUUAACUGUUGGAGGAUUUCCAUUGAUAUUCUAUCCAUUAAACUUCUGCUCGAAAUAUGGGUUUGAAGAUGUAACAAUAAUUGUACUGGAAUCACAGAAGAAUGAAAUUGCUCAAAGAAUAUCUAAACUACCUCUUCAGAAGCUGAAAUAUGAUUUUGUAUGCUUAAAUCAAGAAUCACAAGAAGAUUAUGGAACUGCUGAUGCAUUGAGAUUAGUCAGUGAGAAAGUUAAAAGUGAUGUGAUUCUGAUUUCCUGUGAUACAAUCACAAAUAUCGAUUUCUUCCCUGUUCUGGAUCUUUUUCGAAUGAAUGAUGCUUCAUGUGUAGCACUUUUUGAUAAAGGAAUCGAGGCAUCUGCUACUCCAGUCGUGAUUCCUGGCCCAAAAGUUAAACAACAGAAAAGUGAACGUGAUUUAGUUGGAAUUGACAGUGAAAAUAGUCGUCUCUUAUUUUUGGCAUCGACAACUGAUUACCAAGAGAAUCUUUCAUUGCCGGGGCACUUGUUGAGAUCACACGGAAAAAUGACAAUUCACAGUAAUCUUAAUGAUGCACACAUUUACUUGCUUAAGAAAUGGGUUGUUAAUUAUGUUGCUAAUUCUGAUAAAUUUUCAACUGUGAAAGGAGAACUUUUGCCGUUUAUCAUAAAGAAGCAACUAUCUCGUCCAUUAAAGAGUUUAACAUCUGGCUUUUCGGAAGUGAACUUCGACCAAAAUGACAUUUUUGAGCACAUCAAACAAAAUGAAUUAGAUCAAAAAAUCCUCCAAACAAAUUUAAAUACAUUUUCACGCCUUAAAAGAUCAACGAAUUCUGAAUUGAUUCGUUGCUUUGCAUACGUUGCACCAGAAGAGACAUUCUGCAUGCGCGUAAAUACGUUAUUGAACUAUUGUCAAGUUAACAAGAAGAUAGUGUCACUAUUCCAUACAUUAGCUGAUCCUAACAUAGCACUAGUUUCACGCAAUGCAACAAUUCAAUCAACUCAAAUUAGUGACAGUGCUGUAGCUGAAAAUUCAACAAUUGCUGAGAAAACUUCGAUCAAAAACUCAAUAUUUGGAAUCGGAUGUAAUGUUGAGCAAAAAACACGAAUCAGCGACAGCAUUUUGAUGAAUGGAGUUACGGUUGAAGAAAGAGUCAUACUUGAAAACUGCAUAAUAUGCGAUAAGGCAGUCAUCAAACAAGGAUCAACGUUAAAGAACUGUUUAGUUGGACAUAACUUUAUUGUUCACGAAAAUACUGUUGCUGAUAAGAAAACAUUGUCUACUGGAGAAGGCUUUAUGGAAAUUUAAAGAACUUCCAAGAUGUGACUAGAUUCAUUCUAGCAUUUUUACAUCAAAAUAACUUCAUCAAUAAAAUUGAUUGAAAUUCAUUUAA